UACGUGAUCCUGCUGAUGGCGCUGUACUGGUGCACGGAGGUCCUGCCGCUGGCCGUGACGGCGCUGCUGCCAACCAUCUUGUUUCCUGUGCUCGGCAUCAUGCAGUCCAAAGAUGUGUGCAUGCAGUACCUGCGAGACAGCAACAUGUUGUUUGUGGGCGGGCUGAUGGUGGCGGUGGCCGUGGAGCACUGGAACCUUCACAAGCGCAUCGCACUCAAAGUUCUCCUGGUGGUCGGCGUCAGGCCCGCACUGCUGAUGCUGGGCUUCAUGGGCGUGACGGCCUUCCUGUCCAUGUGGAUCAGCAACACGGCCACGGCCGCCAUGAUGGUCCCCAUCGUACACGCCGUGCUGGAUCAACUGCAUCGCCACGACGACACGGAGGAAGGACGCCUGAAGGGACGUCAAGACGGGGACCCCGGCUCGGCAAAGCAGAGCGCCGUGGUGGUGGGGGUGCCUGACGCGGAGGCUUCCGGAAGGACCGGUCAGUCGAUGGAGGAGGCCGACGCCGUGGACGAAGAGCGCAAGCGCUUGAGCAAAGGCCUGCUGCUGAGUGUGUGUUACGCAGCCAGCAUCGGCGGCAUCGCCACGCUGACGGGAACCGGACCCAACCUGGUUCUGCUGGGCCAGAUGAGCCAGCUGUUCCCCCAGAGCGGCGGCGUCAUCAACUCGGCGUCCUGGUUCGCCUUCGCCUUCCCUACCAUGAUGAUAAUGCUCAUGAUGGCCUGGAUCUUGCUGCAGCAGGUCUUCAUAGGACGCAGCCUGCGAGGGGCGUGGUCCUGUGGUGCGGGGCAGGCGGCGAAGGAGCGAGCGGCGCGCGCCGUGAUCGGCGAGGAGCACCGCCGCCUGGGUCCCAUGACCUACGGCGAGGCCAGCGUGAUGGCGCUCUUCCUCCUCAUGGUGGCGCUGUGGUUCACGCGAGAGCCGCGCUUCGUGGACGGCUGGGCCUCGCGAGUCUUCAACGCCGAAGCAGAGUUCGUCACCGACGCCACUGUCGCCCUGAUGGUGGCGCUCUUGCUGUUCGUUCUGCCGUCCCAGCCCCCCAAAUACCUCUGCUGCUGGAGGCCCAACUCGGACCCAGGUCAGCGACACACACGCACACAUUUUUGCCCCGCCCUUCCUUUGUUGACGUGGAAGGUGGCGCAGGCAAAGAUUCCCUGGAACAUCGUGCUGCUGCUGGGCGGAGGAUUUGCGCUGGCCAAAGGCAGCGAGGAGUCGGGCCUGUCGCGCUGGUUGGGCUCCCAGAUGACGCCGCUUCAUUCCAUCCCGCCGUGGGCCAUCACCGUGGUUCUGUGCCUUCUCACCGCCACCUUCACGGAGUGUGCCAGCAAUGUCGCCACGGCAACGCUACUGCUGCCUAUACUGGCCUCAAUGUCCCAGUCCAUCAGCGUGAAUCCUUUGUAUGUGAUGAUCCCGUGCACCCUGAGCGCCUCCUUCGCCUUCAUGCUGCCCGUGGCCACGCCCCCCAACGCCAUCGUCUUCUCCUCGGGCUACCUCAAAGUGGCUGACAUGGCAAAAACCGGAGUGGUGAUGAACAUCAUCGGCAUCGCGUGCAUCAGCGUGGCCAUCAACACUUGGGGCCGCGUCUUGUUCUCGCUGGACUCCUUCCCCGAGUGGGCCAACGCCACCACGCCCAUUUAGCUCCACAAGCUCCUGACUUGU